AUGUGUGCGUAUUUGAGGCUGGAGCUGUGCCGUCCACCCUGGCAGGGGGCAGCGGAAAUGGCUGCGCUACUGCAAACAGGCGAAAUUUCAGGCAAUUUAAAAUUCUACGCUGUUUGUAUAUCCUGGGUUAAGCAGCGUGGAUCCGGGAACGUGCUGAGAGGCGUCGAUGGUGGCAGUGGUGGCAUUGCAGGGUUAACGGGCGGGAUGUGCAAUGCUGAUAUAAUAGAAGGUAAUACAAGAUACUUGGUUUUUCCGUCUGAGGAGCGUUCUCACAGCAGACAAAGAGGCGGAGGCGGAAGAAGGAUGGUCAUUGCCUCAGACGGAGGAGAGAGACGCCUCAUCGGAAAUUGCAACGAAACAAGCUAUUAUCUGGGUCGUCGUAUUUCUGGUCGUGGACUGAAGGAUUGGGGCACAUUGUUGGCCCAGCUACGGCCUGUCCGGUGGCCCUGGCAGGUGGACCUGAUACACAUGAUACCUACCUCGUACCUUGACUUGAACGGUGAGGCUCAGGACGCACGCAGCGCUUCAGGGCAGUCAGCCAUUCUCGCCUCAGCAGCUAGUUUCGUGCAGGUGCUGGCGGUUGAGUCGCGCUUGGCGGGGUGCAGUCAGGAGCCAAGACUAGAUGCGUGCACAGCCUCUCGCUUCAUCCCUGCCCGCUCAGCAUCUCCCACUUCGCAUCUUGGCCGGAACCUGUUUCCGGCGAGGGCCCCAUCGCGAGACCUCAGGGUCAACAAAAUUUACAACUGCCACAUCUGGGAUUUCGUGGGGAAAGCUCUGACGUCGCCAGGGCUCUGGCUGGUCAUCAUAUCAACCAUCUCGACCCAUGCUCACGAUACAUCAACCGCUGAGGAUAAGGAAGUUCGCCGCACAUUGUUGCAGCAUGGCUUGAAACACAUGGUCACCUCCGCCACUCCAAUUGAAAUAACGCCGCUUGCCACUCCGAUUUCUAAUUACUCCUUUUCCGUAGACGAGAAUUCAAUAGACUGGUCGAUUCCCUAUGAGCAGCCGCAAGAUAUUCCUCGCCUAUCGAUUCCAGCAACAGAGGAUCAUUUGAGGCCUGUUGGUUUACCACUGCUGCACGAUUCUCCUGAAGUUCUGAGUUCCCUACUUCCUCCCUCCGCUUGCCCCGUGAAUGUCGAAAACCUGGAUCGGAGCACGCAGGGACUGGAAAUAGAUCAAGCGUUGUGGUUGUUCCAUGCUUCAGUUACCGUUGCACCACUAUUCCCUGUGGUGGCAAUUCUGCCAGCCAAGACGCCGAUUGCCUCAGGGCGACUACCUGACUAUUCACCUGCAAUAUUCAUCAAAAGAAGGUAUUUGAUCCCGGUUACGAAUGAUAAAACGAGUUAUUCGACGUUGACACAACUUUCAAACAACAGUUCCCAAGUUCGCGGUGUCUUGGGGCUAAGUUUCCCAAGACCAGGGAACAGGAUCAACAAGCCCGUGGGCUUUCAUUUGUGUUGCCUCCGAUCCUCGGAACGGGAACUAACCACAUUCACUAUUGAUGUUCCAAAGUAUCAAUUAGCCGGAUGGUCAAAUCCGAGCAUGGGCCAAAAUCCUAACGAGACCUAUACCUUUUCUGCAAUCUUGCAAGGAUGUAAUAUGAAGCGCUAUUCCUAUUACCGACUCCUUGCGCCAUGCAGGAAACCGCUGAUUUUGUUGUACGACCAUGUCUUCCCUCCUGAUUGCUGUAGAAUAUUCAAAAGCGGGUCUCAGGCCCUAUACAUGCAGCUCUAUGGAUGA